GUGACCAGCCACCUUCGAUAGCCGCUCGGAGGCGGCCGCCAUUGGCUCUAGCGCCCACUCAGUGUUUGGAAGUGUGGUGGGGUUCUGAGUCGUGGGAGAGUCGCUGAGUGUCGCCGGGGGCAAGGGGCGAGUGAGGGGCGGACAGAAGCAUCGUGGGCGUAGGAGGCAGAGUGUCCGCACACCGAAGGUCCGACGUGUGGGGGUCUUCCCGGGGACUUCGGCAGGAGCGCCGGCGCAGCACCUCGCACACCCUCUGGGAGCGCCCGCACCUGAACACGAGGCUCUCCAGCGCGCGUGCGCGGCAAGGGUCUUCCCGCACCUGAUCGCGAGACCCUAACGGCCGGCUGCUCGAGGCUUCGCCUGCGCUACCGGGUGGAGACGGUCAUGGCGCAGCUGUGUGGGCCGAGGCGGUGCGGGGCGCUCCUCGCGCUGCUGGUCUCGCUGCUCCUCUUCCGGGCUGAGGCGGCCGAGGGAGAACGUGGCGUCCACGACUUCUGUCGAGGCCCGAAGAUAGUGGGAAGAUGCCGGGCCUCCUUCCCUAGAUGGUGGUACAAUGUCACUGAUGGAUCCUGCCAGCAGUUUGUGUAUGGCGGCUGUGAAGGGAAUAAAAAUAACUACAUGACCAAGGAGGAGUGUCUUGAGAAAUGUGCUGGUGUCACAGAGAACACCGUUGAUGAUCUGGCCACCAGCAGGAAUGGAGCAGAUUCCUCUGUCCCAAGUGUUUCCAGAAGGCAGGAUUCUGAUGACCUUUCUGGUGAUAUUUUCGACUACGAAGAAUACUGCACUGCCAAAGCAGUCACUGGGCCUUGCCACUCAUCCUUGCCACGCUGGUACUUCGAUGUGGAGACGAACUCUUGCGACAACUUCAUCUACGGAGGGUGCCGGGGCAAUAAAAACAGCUAUCUCUCUAAGGAGGAGUGCAUGCACCGCUGCUUUGGCAAGCAGUUGUAUCCUGUCCUGCCCCGUGGCACUAAAGUGGUGGUCCUGGUGGGGCUCUUCGUGAUGGUCCUGAUCGUCUUGCUGGGCGCCUCCGUGGUCUGCCUGAUCCGGGUGGCCCGGAGGAGCCAGGAGCGCACGCUCAGCACCGUCUGGAGCUCUGGGGAUGACAAGGAGCACCUGGUGAAGAACACCUACGUCCUGUGAAGGCCCUGCGAGCCAGAGGCCGCCCUUCCUCAGGCUUCCCUGCGGAUGACGAGCACCUGGGAUGGGAGGGGAGACCAGUGGAGCACGUGUGUGUGCUUUUUAAAAUAGAGUGAUUGGUUUGUAUUUGUGCAAUCAUUAGGGCUUCGGGUCUGUUUGUUACUCCAGAAGGUGAGAGGGCUGCGUCCCGCUCUCCCGCUUGGGUUCGUGUUGGGAACCCUCUCGGAGGAGGGCUCUGCCUCACACCGCGAGCGGUCUGGCCCCAGAUCAGAGUCAGCUGCUCUUCAGUUUAGUUCUUUGCCCCAGGUCUUAGUUUUCUUGAUUUACGUUGAAUCCUGUAGUGUCCUUUCCCAUCACAAAAGUCAUGUCUUAAUAGCUUCCUUUGUUCUGUGUGUUUUUGUUUUUUGUUUUUUUUUUUAGUAAGCAGAAACAAGUCUUUUUUUAUUAGGAUUCUGAAAGGAAGAGAAGAAAAUGUACAAGUUUAAUAAAAAUGGCCUUCCCUU